AUGUCGACGCCUGAGGUUUAUGAUUACAUUGUCAUCGGAGCUGGCGUCCAAGGCUCUUUCACUGCAUAUCAGCUCGUCAAAAAGAAACAGAAAACUCUCCUUCUUGAGCAGUUUACUCUACCCCACACUCGAGGGAGCUCUCAUGGCCAAACCCGUAUUAUCCGUAAGGCUUAUGAUCAAGACUUCUACACACACAUGAUGGAUGAAUGCUAUAAACUUUGGGCUGAGCUGGAGAAGGAGGCUGGUGUCAAACUGUACAGACGGACAGGACUUCUGGUGAUGGGACCAGAGAACAGUCAGAGCUACCUUAGUUACAAGAGCACCUUGGAGAAGAACAAAAUUCCAAUGGUUGUUCUUAGUCCUGACAACUUCAAUCAGCACAUUCCUAAUGUCAUCUUGGCUGAUGGAGAUGGUGCUUUAGUGGAUACCACUGCUGGAGUGUUGUACGCUGAUCGGGCGCUCAAGGCUGUACAGGGUCAGUUUCAGAAGUUGGGCGGUGUCAUUAAAGAUCAAGAGAAGGUCAUAAACAUCAAAACUGGCCAGAUUGUGACUGUGUCAACGGUUGCCGGUGUUUAUCAAGCCAAGGGUCUUGUGAUCACUGCGGGACCUUGGGCUAAUAGAUUACUGGCACACGUUGACCUACAUCUACCACUUGAGGUGGUGAGAAUCAACGUGUGCUAUUGGAAAGAGAAGAUACCUGAUUCAUACAAUGUGAAGAAACGUUUUCCCUGUUUCAUUUUGACUGAAGGAGAGGAAGCCAAAGACCAUAUUUACGGCCUGCCUUCCAACGAAUACCCUGGUCUGAUGAAGAUUUGCUACCAUAACGGCAGUAAGACUGAUCCGGACCAAAGAGACAUGCAGACUGACGCAUCUGACAUUGACAUCCUUCGACGUUACAUCGCCCGCUGUUUUAAGGGGCUGAUCCCUGAGCCUUCCUUGGUCGAGAGCUGCAUGUAUACACUUACUCCUGACCAUCAUUUUGUGCUUGACCGCCACCCUGUACAUGGCAAUAUUGUGAUUGGCGCAGGAUUCUCAGGUCAUGGCUUCAAGUUUGGGCCCGUCGUUGGGAAGCUGCUCUGCGAGCUAAUCCUUGGAGAAGUGCCCUCCUAUGACCUUUCACCUUUCCGAAUUAGCCGCUUCCAGACCAAGCGCCAAUCAUCUUUGUAG